AUGCCUGCUAAGAUGGCACUGGCCAAUUCACUUUCUAGCAAGCCGGUGCCACCACGCUCCAGAGAAGUUUCUACAGCAGGGGUGGAAGUGCACCAGAGCAAGCUGGAUUUUUUCUGCAAGCUGGGCUAUGGUAAGCAGGACAUCUGCAAAGUGCUGGAGAACCUGGGCCAAGAGGCCCUGGAAGACGAUGUGCUGAAAGAGCUGAUUCGGAUGGGGAGCAAACCUCAAGCUCUGGAGAGCCAGGCUCAGCCUUCCCUGCUAAAACUGGUUGCCCGUGGCUCACGUAGCGCUUCACCAAGGUCAAAGUGGCUUGGAGAAGAUGAAGGUGAUUCUUCUGAUCAUUUGAGACCCAUUGUGAUCGAUGGCAGCAAUGUUGCAAUGAGUCAUGGAAACAAAGAGAUAUUCUCCUGCUGGGGCAUCCAGCUGGCAGUGGAUUGGUUUCGAGACAGGGGGCACACGUACAUCAAGGUUUUUGUCCCACUCUGGAGAAAGGAGCCCCCUCGACAAGACAGUCCAAUUGCAGAUCAGCACAUUCUUGAAGACCUUGAAAAGCAAUCGAUCCUUGUGUACACCCCAUCCCGGAAGGUGAAAGGCAAGAGGGUAGUUUGCUACGAUGAUCGCUAUAUAGUGAAAGUUGCUUAUGAGAAAGAUGGAGUCAUUGUUUCCAAUGACCAUUACCGGGAUCUCCAGAAUGAAAACCCUGAGUGGAAAUGGUUUAUUGAGCAACGACUACUCAUGUACUCUUUUGUCAAUAACAGGUUUAUGCCUCCUGAUGAUCCAUUAGGCCGGCAUGGACCCACUCUUAAUAACUUCCUCAGCAAACAGCCAGUGCUUCCUGAAACAAAAUGGCAGCUUUGCCCCUAUGGUAAAAAAUGCACCUAUGGCAAUAAAUGCAAAUUUUACCACCCAGAGAGACCACAUCAAGCUCAGGUCUCGGUCGCUGAUGAGCUCAGGGCCAAAAUAAAGGUCCCGUUAAGCCUGGGGAAAGAGGAGGAACAACGUAACCACUCACCAUACAGGACCAGAGGAGAGCCUGCUCCGCCCGAUGCCUGCACAGAAAUGCUGCAAGAAGCCAGCGGCUCCGCAGGGCCUUCCUGCUACCCAGGGUGGUCCCAGGGGAGCUGCCGUGAGCAGCUGUCCGGCACCUGGGCCGGCAGCCCCGGCGCUGACCUGGGGCUGGACAAGCGGUUGCUACAGGCGGAGCUGCUGCGAGACCAGCCGCUCCUGGAGAAGCUGUCAGCCCUGUCCAUCACCGAUGACACCUACGGUUACAAUCGGUCCGUGCAUACCUCUCAGGACAGAGAUGUGACGGACAGCCCUCAUCGCUGCGGUGACCUCAGGCACAACCCGUACUCGCUUCAUCGCGCCCAUGGCUUGGACCGCACCUGCCUACCGGGAUGCCCUUUCCAGCAGACGGUGCAGCCUGCGCGGGGUGGGGUGCGCCCAGACCCCGGCUGGCCUCAGGAGUGCUGCGGCAUGCACGGGAUGGGUCAGAGGAGCCGCUACGUCCUUGAUGGUGCUCAGCACUGUGUUUUGCCUCAGUCCUCAGCUCUUCCCCCCGGCCCCCUUCACUUGUACAGCGAGCGUCAGCUGCAGCAGCAGCAGCACUGUUUCCCCAGCCGUCCCCCACGGCAGCCCUUUCUGUUAGACGCCAGCAAUAGGCUGGGCUUCUUCCAGAAAGCUCAUGCUUACCCUGAUGCCUCUUAUAGUGACUACUGGCCCACUCCAGCUGCAAGGCCACCUUCUGCCCAGCAAGCAAACAUAUACAGGGAGCUGUGCUCCCUUUUCCCUUACAGCGAGGUGAACCACAUCAUGGCUUUGUACCCUGAUAUCAAGGAUAGUGCUAGUUUGACUUUACUGAUUCAAAGACACAGAAACUUGUGA